AUGGCGCCCAAGAUUGCAAUUGUCUUUUACUCGAUGUACGGCCACAUCCAGAAGCUCGCCGAGGCCGAGAAGGCCGGUAUUGAGAAGGCUGGCGGUACCGCCGACCUCUACCAGGUUGCUGAGACGCUCCCGCAAGAGGUUCUUGACAAGAUGUACGCCCCGGCCAAGCCGGCCAACAUCCCCGUUCUCGAGGACCCGAGCGUGCUCGAGAAGUAUGACGCCUUCCUGUUCGGUAUCCCUACGCGGUACGGCAACUUCCCCGCUCAGUGGAAGGCCUUCUGGGACAAGAGUGGCAAGCAGUGGGCGUCGGGCGGGUUCUUUGGCAAAUAUGCCGGUCUUUUCGUCUCCACCGCCGGUCAGGGUGGUGGUCAGGAGUCGACCGCCAUCGCCUCGAUCAGCACCCUCACUCAUCACGGCAUAAUCUAUGUCCCGCUCGGCUACGCCAAGACGUUUGCCCUCCUGACCGACGUCUCUGAGGCCCGUGGCGGCAGCCCCUGGGGCGCCGGCACUUUCGCUGCCAGUGAUGGCAGCCGCCAGCCCAGCGCCAAGGAGCUCGAGCUGGCUACCAUCCAGGGCGAGGUAUUCUACCAGACCGUCGCCAAGGCUUUUGGUGCCGACAUCCCCCGCCUAUCCGCAGCACACUCCAACGCGGGCUACCGCGACGGCAUCACGCUCGCCAAGGCGCGCACAGCACAGCAAGGGUUUGACGAAGGUUACGGGCUGGGCGCGACGGUGGGGGCGCGCGCGGGCCAGUUGCUGGGGGUUCUGGAAGGGUUGGCGGCUGCGGUUGGGUUGCAUUCGCUUUCGAGGGGGCAGAGGCCUCGGAAGAGUGAGGAGGAAGAGGAGGCACGGCGGAUUAGUGACUUGUUGAGUGAAGCACGGCGGGAACUUAGCGUGGUGGGGGUUUUUGAUAGGCAAUACUGGGCGGACGAUGGAACGUGGCGGUACGAGGUCAGCGCUCCGAACGGGAGCAGCAACAAUGGCUAUUACCGAGGCCUGGAGGAAGGUGGGCUAGUCGUUUUUGCGGAUGUGGCUGAGGCGCACCCGUUGCUACGCAAGUGGGACGGGAUCGUGAGAGCCGAGGCCGCGCGGUACGGGGUCGACUGGGAGAUUUUGAAGGACGAUAUGGGCAGCGACGGGAGGAGGGAAACGGGUGAUGAGGAGAGGGAGCGAGAAGCGAGGGUGAGGAGGGAUAGGAGUGGGGCGCAGUCGGCCGCGAGGGAGCGCGAGGCGUUGGCGUGGUGA